AUGGAAACACCAGUCCAAGCUUCAAGCCCAAGAUUGAUGAAGCGGAUGUACCAACACAACCCAGCAGAACAUUUGGAUCCUCACCUAUUCACCAAAAAUGCUGAUUCCAGCCUGGUUAAAUCAUGCGUCAAAAAUGAUGGUGAAACUAGCAAGGGAUAUGAUGGUCAAGAAAUUCAGCUGUAA